AUGGCGAUCCCAGAACAUCUCCCAGCGUCCUUGGACCUUUUAUACACUAGUCCAUCUUCUUCCUCAAUUUUUAGAUACGACGCUCUCCGGCUGUCGGACAAGGAAUACGAGGCCGUCCUCCGUCUCCCGCUAACAGAGCGCAUUUGCGGUCGCCGCGCUGAAAAUCCAGUCUUUCAGGACGGCAUCAAGAAUUGCCGCCUGUCCUAUAUCGACUUCCUCAGCGGAAAUAUCGACGCGGUCUUCCGCGCGGACGAUCCUGCCACUGCGCCGGCUACGCGCUCGCGGCUCCUUCACAUAGGCAUCGCCGCGUUGUCUGCGUUCCUUCAGUCGAAUGUCACUGGCCCUCCGUUAGCGUUUCGGGCGUCAGAUCUACUGAUCCCAAAGUUCUUAACGGACACAAACGAUGGGGCCCCAUGUGUGGCGCAAGCUCUGCGAUCGUUGCGCGAGGCGAUGGUGCGCAGCUUGACUGUUGACGGGGAGGCGGCGUAUAAGCUUACCCCCAACGUCGAGCUGUUUUGUCUUGCUAAAGCGAUUCUGAAUCAUUCGGCCAUCACACCCACUUUCAAUGGGGAGGGCGACGUGGCAUUUGCGGCUCCUUUGGCAGCCUGGAGUUCUCGGAUGAGGGUUAAUUUUCUGCACCAGAAGAUGUUAUCGGAGAAUACGACAACGUUGCAGGCAGCUGUUUAUACCGACUUGGAAUUUCUGGCGGGGAAGAUUCUGUCAUCCAAUCCUUCGUCGUUGCGAACUGCGGAGGAGCGUGCAAGGUUCCUUAUAGAGAGAGCCACGAUUCAUACCCAUCAUGGAUUCGAUGCCAAGGCUCGAGCAGAUCUUGAGCGUGCAGCGGGCGAAACUGGGUUCCAAUAUGCGUUGACUGGAAAGCUGGGGAAGCGGACGAAGUUCCAGGACCGCGAUAUUAGCCAACUAGUCGUUUUGGCGAAGAGUGCAGAUGAGGGACAUGCGUCGGCUAGGGAGUCUAAGCAUAAGGAGGAUCUCUCGGCCUUGGAGCCGGAGACGCACACAGCAGCAGCAGAAAGCGCCAAACCCAAAACUUUGGAUCUUAAUGACGACACACUUUUAGAAGCGAUAUCCUUCAAGAAGGAUGAGCCUGUGGAAGCUCAAGAGAUAUCUAUGACGGUUCAGGAUCCCUCGUCCCUGCCACCAGUUCUUGCAGUUCUGGACCCCUCGAACCAGCCAAAGCUGAAUGCAUUGGAUUCCAUCAUCCUUCUUUCCAUCGCAUCCGCGAUAACAAACACCUCUCCAGAGCAUGGCCUUACGAGAGAGGAAACGCUGCCCUAUGCGACACGGGUUCUUGAUGGUGGAAGCUCGAACUGGCAAGUUUAUUCCCAGGCCCUGCUGGUUCGAAGUAAGAUCGAAGGCUACAGGUCACGGACGGUGGAGCGAGGACUGCUCCAACUACAAGCACUUGUCGAUCAGGUCAUCGCUGAUACUGCGUCGGAUCCAAUUUCUGGUGCCGAUAAGGCGGCUGAACAAGCCACCACCUUUCUCCCGCGCCCUGAGCCAUCAGAGUCGGCACCUGCAAGCGACCGACUCCAGUAUAUCUGGCUGUUAAAUUUCUCUACGAGAUGGGACCUCGAAGCCGAGCUUGCUUCGCGGUGGGUCAGUCUGGGCGGGCUCCGCACUGCUCUUGACAUUUACGAACGAUUGCAAAUGUGGGCUGAAGUUGCCUUGUGCUACGCCGCUACGGAAAGGGAAGAGAUGGCUAGGAUACUCGUGCGGAAACAGUUGUUUAAUCGUACGAAUCCUGCCUCUACGGAUGACAAUGAUACCUUCGAAGGGUCCGAGCUUGUGCGGCUUCCAGCAGAUGCCCCACGCUUGUUUUGUAUUUUGGGAGACAUUGACAAGGACCCUGGAAUGUACGAACGUGCAUGGACGGUUUCGGAUCAGCGGUAUGCCCGUGCCCAACGUUCCCUUGCACGCCAUUAUCUCACUACUAAACCACCGUCGCUGGAAAAAGCGGAGGAAGCAUACCGCAAGAGUUUAGCUAUCAAUCGAUUCAACCAUGGCGCCUGGUUUGCACUUGGAUGUGUGCAGCUAGAACUGGAGAAAUACGAGGAUGCCGUGGAAUCCUUUACACGAAGCAUCCAGCUGGAUGAAACAGAUGCUGAGGCCUGGAGCAAUCUCGCCGCGGCAUUGAUCAACCUUCCACCACCAAACAUCGUAGAAAAUUCGGAACUAAAUACACCAGCACUAGCCGCAGAUGAAGAGGAAUCCGCACCUAUCCCGCAGAGACCCGAUCCCUACAAGCAUAAACGAGAAGCCUUGGCCGCCCUCAAACGUGCCGCCAAAUACAAACACACUAAUCACCGCAUUUGGGAAAAUCUCCUAACCGUCAGCGCAUCUAUCCCGCCUCCAGAAACUCCCUUCCGUGACGUCGUCUACGCACAGAAACGGCUCAUCGAGCUUCGCGGCCCCAAAGAGGGGGAGAAAGCAAUCGACAUCAACAUCCUCACCGCCCUCGUCAAUAGUCUUACAUCAGGCCAUGCGUUUGACAGCGCCAGAACUGACACGGCCGAUACUCCUGCACCAGCUCCGGUCUUCCCCCGCGGAACCCUCCCAGCAAUCAUCCUCAACCUCCUCGACGAAAACGUCAUCCCGCUCAUCACGCACUCGGCACCGAUGUGGCUGCUUGUCGCGAAGGUAGAGGCAUGGCGAAGGAAGCCCUCCCGUGCCAUCGCGGCCCACGAGAAGGCGUGGCGUGCUGCCGUCGCGUCGUGCACGCAAGGAGCGUUCCGGAUGGGCGAUGAGGCGAAGUGGAUGGAGGUUGUGGAGGCGACGGAGAGGGUGGUUCGUGAGGGAUAUGCGACUUUUGGGCCAAUGGAUAAGGAGAUCGAGGGAGAUGGGGUUCCGGGAGAGGAUUCGAAUAGGGGGGGCCCGGAACUUGUUGCGAAGGAUUGGAGGUUUAAAUCCCGUAGUGCAGUGAGGAGCGUGCAGGGGAAAGGCAAGGAGUUGUGGGAGGGAACUGAAGGUUGGCGGCGAUUGAAGGAGUUGAGUGGUGAGAGAGCAGAGAGAUAG